GUCACAGAUCAGAGGAGCCGGCAGCCGACAGCACACCCGCAGCCGCUGCCGGUGCCGCCAUGAGGGCUGUGCUCUGGGACCUGCUGCUGCUCUGCCUCUUCGCCCGGGCGCGGGGCGACUGCCGGGGGGACUGCCUGCACUGCGACCGCCACCUCUACCGGGACAGCUUCGACGUCCUCGUCUGCAUCCUGGAGUGCGAAGGUGAAGCUGUGCCACGGGCCACCUGGGAGCUGUGCGCCGCUGCCGCCGGCCGACCCGCCCCGCGUCCCCGCGACCUGCAGGACGCCGGCGAUCCCUGGCAGGAGGCGGUGGCGGCGGUGCCGGCGGUGCCGGUGAGCCCGCUGCAGGUGAGCGAGCUGCUGCGGCGCCGGGAAGCCGAAGACGAAGGCGUGGAACCGGCGCCGGGCGCCUUCCCGCAGCCACCCGAGGACAUUUCCCGGCGACUCGGCGGUUUCCCACGGGGGACGCGCGGCUCGUGGCCAGUGCCGACGGCCAGGGGGGUGCAGAAGCGGUACGGGGGCUUCAUCGGGGUCCGCAAGUCAGCGAGGAAGUGGAACAACCAGAAGAGGUUUAGCGAGUUCCUGAAGCAGUACCUGGGCAUGUCGCCCCGCUCCAGUGAGUACGACAUUCCCGGCGGCAUCAGCGAGCACAACGAGAUCUAACGGAGACCCGCGCCGCCCGGCGAGCGUUCCGGCACCGCAUCCCAGCACCUUCCGCCAGGCACAGGCAAAAUUAGCCCUGCUCCUGCCCGCCCCAGCAGCCUCAUCCUCUCUCUGACGGACCCCAAAGCGCUUCAGACUCGCACGCGUUCCGAAAUCACUUUGCUCUUCACCCACUAAAGCCCGAUUUUAACCAGGACCCGACGAAUUUCGGCCUCCGCCGGCGACGGGAGCGAGAUGCCGGGGGAGGGAAGUGGCGGCGGUGGGGGUGGGGGGGGUACCCGGGGCAAGGGCCGCGGGGGAGCGGGCGGAAAUUUAAACGAAAUACGGAAAAAAAGAGGGAUUUUUGCCAACAAAAGAAAAAAAAAUUGGAUUUUUUUAAAAAUUUUUUUUGGGGGGUGAAAAAGCCACCUUGGAGCCGGCGGAAAAUCAGCCCCAACGCCACGUUCCCAGUGCAGCGCUCGGCAUCCGCCGGAUGCUUCCCACGGGAUUGAUUUCCAGCUUUUUGGAUGGGGGGUGCCGAGGGGUCACGUCCCAACGCGGCUUCGUCCCACCCCGGCGCCCAGAAACCACCUGGAAAUCUUAAAUUUUAAUUUUUUUCCCGCUUUUUCAAUUUUUCCCCCUUCUUAAAAGAUUUUUUUGCCUUUUAGAAAUAUUUUCUGCCUUUUAAAAAUAUGUUUUCCCUUUUCAAAAUAUUUUCCCCUUUUUAGU